AUGGACUACGUCUGGGGGUUGGCAGUACUGCUGUUUGGGCUCUGGAUGCCCCAAAGAGGAGCUGAUGCCCAACGCACCAAGGAAAACGUACCCCGACUCAAACUCUCCUACAAAGAAAUGCUGGAAUCUAACAACUUACUUACUUUCAACGGACUGGCCAACAGCUCAACGUACCACACGUUUCUGCUGGAUGAGGAAAAGGGUCGGCUCUUUGUCGGAGCGAAAGACCACUUAUUGUCAUUCAAUUUGAUUGACAUCAACAUGGACCAGCAGUUGAUUUCCUGGCCGCCCCCUUCUUCACAUCGAGAUGAGUGCAAGUGGGCCGGAAAGGAUGUUCAGAAGGAAUGCUCAAAUUAUAUCAAAGUGUUGCAGCCAUUUAAUCAGACUCACCUGUAUGCAUGUGGAACUGGAGCCUUUCACCCCACCUGUGCUUAUGUAGAGGUGGGCAAACGGCCAGAGGACAAUAUCUUCAGAUUGGAAACCUCCCAGCUUGAGAACGGCCGUGGAAAGAGCCCCUAUGAUCCAAAACUGAUGACUGCAUCACUACUUAUCGAUGGAGAGCUGUACUCUGGAACAGCAGCGGACUUCAUGGGCCGAGAUUUUGCAGUUUUCCGAACGUUAGGAAAGCAUCAUCCAAUCAGAACAGAGCAGCAUGAUUCCCGGUGGCUUAAUGAACCAAGGUUUGUAAGCAUUCACCUCAUUCCUGAGAGUGAUAACCCAGAAGAUGACAAGAUCUACGUCUUCUUCAGAGAAAACGCCAUUGAUGGAGAACAAACCGGCAAAGCCACACAUGCCAGAAUCGGACAGCUGUGUAAAAACGACUUUGGAGGCCACAGGAGUUUGGUGAAUAAAUGGACCACAUUUCUAAAAGCACGUUUGAUCUGUUCAGUACCAGGUCUAAACGGCAUUGACACACACUUUGAUGAGCUACAGGACAUCUUUGUCAUGAGUGGUAAAGACCCCAAGAAUCCUGCCAUCUAUGCCGUGUUUACAACAUCCAGUAACGUCUUCAAAGGCUCAGCCGUGUGUAUGUACAGCAUGGCUGAUAUUAGGAGGGUGUUUCUGGGUCCCUAUGCUCACAGAGAUGGACCCAACUACCAAUGGGUGCCCUUCCUAGGCAGAGUGCCAUAUCCACGACCUGGCACGUGUCCAAGCAAGACAUUCGGUGGGUUCGAGUCCACUAAAGAUUUACCUGAUGACGUUGUUACCUUUGCACGAAGUCAUCCAGCGAUGUACAACCCUGUGCUUCCCAUCAACAACCGUCCCAUCAUAAUUAAAACGGACGUGGAUUACCAGUUCACACAGAUAGUGGUGGAUAGAGUAGAUGCAGAGGACGGCCAGUAUGAUGUCAUGUUCAUUGGCACAGAUCUUGGCACAGUUCUGAAGGUGGUAUCGAUUCCCCGAGGGACCUGGCAUGACCUGGAGGAAGUUUUACUGGAGGAAAUGACUGUAUUCAGGGACCCAACACCUAUAACUGCAAUGGAACUGUCUACCAAACAGCAACAGCUCUACCUGGGCUCCUCCAUCGGCAUUUCUCAAAUGCCCCUGCAUCGCUGUGAUGUGUAUGGGAAGGCCUGUGCUGAAUGCUGCCUGGCUCGGGAUCCCUACUGUGCUUGGGAUGGCUCGCAGUGUUCCCGAUACUUUCCUACCCCCAAGAGGAGAACUCGGCGCCAGGACAUCAGGAAUGGAGACCCUCUCACCCAGUGCUCUGACCUUCAGCAUCAUGAUGAGAAUGGAGAGAGCGUUCUGUUAGAUAAGACGGUGUACGGGGUGGAAAACAGCAGCUCUUUCCUGGAGUGCAGUCCCAAAUCUCAACGUGCUCUUAUCUACUGGCAGUUCCAGAAACUUGGCGAGGACCUCAAACAAGAGAUAAAAGCCGACGAGCGGGUAAUGGGCACCGAACAGGGUCUACUGAUCCGCUCCCUGCUGCAGAAGGACUCUGGGGUGUACUACUGCCACGCAGUGGAGCACGGCUUCAUGCAGACCCUCCUGCGCCUGACUCUUCACGUCAUCCCAACCGAUCACCUGGACGAGCUCCGGCAGCGCCAUUCCCCCGAUUCCAGCCAGUCCUUGAAUGCCAAGCUGUGGUACCAGGACUUCUUAUCUCUGAUUGACCCGCCCAGCCCAAACAGUGUCGACCAGCUGUGCGAGCAGGUGUGGAAGAGAGAGAGGAAGCACCGCAGACAAAAGGCCCACCACCUUCAUGGAAGCCAAUCCAAGUGGAAGCUCAUGCAGGAAAACAAGAAAGGGCGCAACCGUAGGACCCAUGAGACGCCACGAGCACCCCGCAGUGUGUGACCCCAAGUACACGAGGAGAAAUGACUCUGACUGCUGAACAGACUGUGACACGGACAGAAGGGAAAUGUGAAUAAAUAUUCUGGCCUCCUGCAGAGAGUGUGUAUAAGGGACAGGACACACUCGGACUCCGAACUGGAAAAUAACGUCUAGUGAUGAUAUUCUGUACAUACUACACAGAAUAAGGGGAACUUUUGUGAGACAGGUUUUAGUUCGUCAGCAUUAAUGUAUAUCUGAGCACCACUGAUAGAGUAAAAGCACAAUCAGAAUGCAAGCAUAGCAUAAAAAAUAAAAACAAAACCUUAAACAGUUCAACAUUUUGAAUUACGC